UGAGUUACUUAGUUUUCAAGCAUAGUAGGGUCCUCUUUAGGAUCUGUGUUGUGUGGUGUUGAAAAAAUUAAAAAUUUUAGGGCUUUUUAUUUUAUACUUUAUUUUGUUUGUUUCAAGCUUGAGAAUAAAGAUUAAGCAAAGUUCUUAAUCACCCAACAAACCCAUGAUUAUGCUCUAAAAAAUCCCCUUUUUAAAGUUUGGAUCUUUGAGUCUUGUUUAAUUGUUUUUUUUUUAAUAUAUAUUAUUAUGUUUAAAAAAAAGGUUAUAAAAACUAGCUUUUUUGUGCUCUGUUUUGUGCAGAUAAAUUGUUUGUUUGAUGACAUGUGGGACUGGGUAUUGGUGCUUUAUCCCCUUUAGGCAAAGAAGCAACAACCACUCUGGUUUUAAGUUUUAACUGUUUUUUGUUGAUUUGUGGGGGCUUUUAGGGGAAAAUGGUACAUGGGUGUUUGAUUUUAGGUUGAAAUUUUGAGAAAAAAUGGGGGCAAUUGGUGGGGAAGAGUUGAUGAAUUGGGAGAAAAUGGAAGGUGUUGGAAAUGGAAGAGAGGAGAAGAUUCUUGUGUUGGUGAGGUUGAGGCCUUUGAAUGAGAAAGAAAUUGCAAGAAAUGAUGUUUCAGAUUGGGAAUGCAUCAAUGAUACUACUGUUUUGUUUAGGAAUAGUUUGCAGGAAAGAUCUAUGUUCCCUACUGCUUAUUCAUUUGACAGAGUAUUUAGUGGUGAUGCAACAACUAGGCAAGUUUACGAUGAAGGAGCUAAAGGGAUUGCACUUUCGGUUGUUAGUGGCAUAAACUCAAGCAUUUUUGCAUACGGGCAAACAAGUAGUGGGAAGACGUACACAAUGACCGGGAUAACAGAGUACACCGUGGCGGAUAUAUACGCGUAUAUGCAAAAACAUGAAGAAAGGGCGUUUGUUUUGAAAUUUUCGGCUAUUGAAAUCUAUAAUGAAGCCAUAAGAGACCUUUUAAGCACAGACAAUAUUCCACUUAGGGUUUUGGAUGAUCCGGAGAAAGGGACAAUUAUCGAGAAACUUACAGAGGAAACUCUAAGAGAUUGGGGCCAUCUUAAACAGCUUUUGUCCGUAUGCGAAGCUCAAAGAAAAGUGGGAGAGACAUCCCUCAACGAAACAAGUUCAAGAUCUCAUCAAAUUUUAAGGCUGACGAUUGAGAGUUCAGCUAAUGAGUUCAUAGGGAAGGAUAAGUCUACAAAACUUACGGCUAGUGUGAACUUUGUUGAUCUUGCUGGAAGUGAGCGUGCAGCUCAGGCAUUAUCUGUUGGGCAAAGACUGAAAGAAGGUUGCCACAUAAAUCGUAGCUUAUUGACGCUUUCCACUGUCAUUCGGAAGCUAAGCAAGGGCAAACAUGGGCACGUGAACUACCGUGACUCAAAGCUGACACGCAUAUUGCAGCCGUGUUUGGGAGGAAAUGCACGAACCGCCAUUAUUUGCACCUUGAGUCCAGCUCGAGAGCAUGUUGAGCAAUCUAAAAAUACCCUUUUAUUUGCAAGUUGUGCAAAAGAAGUAACCACAAAUGCACAAGUUAAUGUCGUGAUGUCUGAUAAGGCCUUGGUUAAGCAUUUACAAAAAGAACUGGCUCGAUUGGAAAACGAGCUAAGAACGCCCGCACCGCCAGAUUAUUCCGCACUACUCAAGAAGAAAGAUCAGCAGAUCGAGAAGUUGGAGAAAGAGGUCCGGGAUCUUAUCAAGCAACGGGAUCUUGCUGAAUCUAGGAUCCAGGAAUUGCUACAAGCUGUCAGAAAUGAUCAAGUUUCAACACAAUGGGAUGGACGACAAGGCAACACAUGUGCAGAUGAAUAUUCGUCCGAAUCAUCGAGCACUAAAUUACCCGGUACAACUCGUCACCAAGAAAACUCCAACUCUCCCUCACUGCCAAGUAGAACUUUGUUUAGAACAAGAACCGAAGAAGAAGAGUCUAACACCGUUUGCAAAGAGGUCCGUUGUGUUGAAACCGAUGAAUCCACCAACGAUCAAACCGCCAUUUCCAAUGGCGAAUCUGAAUCAGUGUCGGGCCCCACCGAAACAAGCCACUUAAGAAACCGGGUUAAUAUCGGGUCGUUGGAGCAAAAUUUCCAAGAUUUGCAAAACACCAUAAACUCUCUAGUUACACGACCAUACGGUGACGGUGACGAAGAACAAGAAGUGCAGUCACAAAUAUCGAAUCCGACGGGUCAUAAGCUCACCAAAAGCAGGAGUUGUAGAGCAAAUCUUGUAACUAGUUCUUCACCACCUGCGUUUGAGAACACACCGCCUAAUGAUUUUGAAACAAGACAUUCAGCAAGGCCUGAAGGCCGGAAGCUAUGGGAUAUUCCGCCGCAGGAGUACGGUGGUGCUGCCAGUGGAGGACUGUUGAGAAGUGAUUCACAGUCGUCCCUUGGAAGCACAAUGUUGGAAGAUGCUAAGAACAAAACCUCGGGCGAAGAAGAUAUUCCUAGCGUAGAUACUUUCGUUGCGGGAUUGAAGAAAAUGGCCAAACUUCAGUUUGACCAGGUUAAUGGUUCAGGAGCAGAGGGUGAUGGCUUGGGUAAAAGCGUAAAAAGCAUAGGAAUAGAUUCGAUGAUGGAUUCGCCGCCUGCAGAUUGGCCUCAAGAGUUUGCAAGGCAGCAGAAAUGUAUAGUUGAACUUUGGCAAGCGUGCAACGUUUCUCUGAUUCACAGGACGUAUUUUUUCUUGUUGUUUAGAGGCGAUCCAAUGGAUUCUAUUUACAUGGAGGUUGAGAUUAGGAGGCUUUCUUUUCUUAAGGAAACAUUUUCAAAGGGCAAUCCAGCUUUUCAUGAUGGCCAUACUCUCACAUCCGCAUCCAGCAUCAAAGCUCUAAGAAGGGAGAAAGCAAUGUUAAGCAGGCUGAUGAACAAACGCUUUUCAGAAGAAGAAAAGAAGAAACUUUACCAAAAAUGGGGUGUCAACCCGAACUCCAAACGAAGGAGGCUGCAGCUAAUCCAUCGCCUGUGGACCAACACGGAGGAUCCGAACCACUUGCAAGAUAGCGCUUCAGUAGUUUCAAAACUGAUUAAGUUCUCUGAACAGGGUCAGGCUCUUAAGGAGAUGUUCGGGCUUAGCUUUAGUCCUCCGAAAAUGGUCAGGAGAUCGCUGGGUUGGAAACCGAGCAUGUCAUCGCUGUUGUAAGUCAAAGGUUUUUAUAGUUGACUUCCAAGGUUCUGAUGAACAGAUUGACAAAAGUAAGGAUUUAACCAAUACGCGUUUUAGUAUGCUUAUAAGUAGUAGGUUGGAAUUGGAACUUGGAUCAUUGUUGGUUGUGGGACAAACAUGCAUUGGAAUUUACUGAUUUGGUUUUUUUUUUCCUUGUAAUACAAUUCUUGUAGUUGUCUAUGUUUAAGGGUUUUUCUUAUUAUUUGGUUUUUGGGUUUGAUC